AUGCAUCUUUCAAUAUACAUCCUCGCCAGCGUCUUCUACCUCACCACAGCCCACUACAGGGGCUACGAAUCCAGGAACCUCAUCGUGAGAGAGGAGCCUUUCGAUCUGGAGGGUCUGGUGGAGUGUCCUGUCUGCCAAUACCAGGUCAGCUGGCUGCCAACCCGUGAAGUCUGCAACAUCACAAUAGGCAAUAAGAAAUACAAGAGAUGCAGAAUGGGAAAUUACACCAAUACCGUUUGCGGCAACCGUCUCGAUUGCUUCAGGGGUCCCGGCGAGCAAUGCACUGAGUCGAUGGAGAACGAUUAUUACGGACAGAAAUGCGCUCGCGGGUACGACUGUGAUGGCACAUUCCAUGUAUGCACUGGUUACGGUUACACUAUCAACAGUCAUAUGCGCUGGUUGCUCAACCACGUCUCACGGUAUCCCGGCAACCAAAAUGAUGAUCAGCUCCGAGAAAAAGCACUCUAUCUGGCGUAA